AUGUCGGCAUCUUCCAAGGGAAACACAAUUUUCGACUUCGAGGUCCGCGAGGACGAGAUCGACCUGGAUAAAUCCGUUCCCAAGCUGAAGGGCGCCUCCAACUGGAGGAUGUGGGAAACUCAGAUGUUCAGGAUGCUUUGUUUCAACAACCCUGUCUAUGUGCAGUUGAUUAGAGAUGAGAUCAAGAUGCCUCCCGCUCCCAUUUACGCAGAUCCAUCUCGUAGCAGUGUCCGAGCCCUGCUUCUCGAAGAGGCCGAGAGCAACAAAGAAAAUGAACCUCGCAUUACUGCAGAGGCCAUCGAAGCUCGCUCCAUCCAGAUUGUCGCUUCGAAUUUGGAGCUGCGCAAGCACCACGCAGAUGGCGAAGAGAAGUGGGAAAUGGCUAACAACCGAGCUUUCCUACAAUUUUUAUCUACGCUCGAACCGCAGUUCUCCUCUUCACUUUACAAUAUUACCAAUGUUCGCGAGGCUUAUCUUGCACUGAAAGAUCUUCACUGGAAUCCGUCACACCCUGCCACCUACCUCCGGUUUAAGAAGCUUGUCAACCUCCGCUACAAAAGGGGAGAUCCUCACACCUUUGUGGCGCGUUUUAAGAAUGUCCUUGGGGACUACACUGCUUUCGUUGGAGACAUGACACCCUUGCAAGAGCUCUGCCACUUUAAGAGAGCAGUUAUCGGCAAUCCUCGGUGUCAUGUCUCUAUCCUGAACCUCACGAUCAAUGAAGAAGACCCUGACUUGAUGGGCCAGGUCUACCGCGAUUUUGUCGGGGCCGUGAGAUUGCAUGAGAUGUUUUCAGAGUCCUGA